AUGACUUCUUUAACAAAACUGGAUGUGCAUGUGGAGAAGGAGGCUAAGUCAGGAUUGGUAGAGCUGCAUGUGAGAGUCAACAUCGGCAUUAAAAAAGACCAGGGAAAACCCAGGAAAUUGGCAAGAAAACUGAGUUAUGAAGCUGAAUAUAUUAAUUUCCUGAAGAAUCUGAAGGAGAUUCUAGAAAUCUCUGAGGACCGCACAUAUGCUGAUGUCAAUGCACUACACACGGAGAUCAUGAAGAAUGGCUCGACUUUGAACAAGGUGUUUCAACGAGUACAAUCAACAAGAAAAGGUGAAGAACUGAAGGCGUUAGCCCAGAGGGGAAUUGGAUAUUAUCACGACUCCAUGUAUUUUAAAGAAAAAGAGUUAGUUGAGAUACUCUUCAUGAAAGGGUUUAUCAGGGUUGUGACAGCCACUGGAACACUUGCCUUAGGAAUCCACAUGCCGUGUAAAUCUGUUGUUUUUGCUCAAGACUCAGUCUAUCUAGAUGCUUUAAAUUACAGACAGAUGUCUGGUCGUGCUGGAAGACGAGGUCAAGACCUGCUGGGAAAUGUAUAUUUCUUUGAUAUUCCAUUGCCCAAAAUUAAAAGACUCAUCACAUCCAAUGUUCCUGAGUUGAGAGGACAGUUCCCUCUCAGCAUAACCCUGGUCCUGCGACUUAUGCUGCUGGCAUCCAAGGGAGGUGACCCAGAGGAUGCCACAGCCAAGGUGCUGUCAGUGCUGAAGCAUUCAUUGCUGACUUUUAAACGACAAAGAGCCUUGGAUAUUUUGAAACUUUACUUCUUGUUUUCUUUGCAGUUCCUGGUCAAAGAGGGCUAUUUAGAUCAAGAAGGUAAACCUAUGAAAUUUGCAGAACUUGUGUCACAUUUGCAUGGUCAUGAACCUUCAAAUUUUGUUUUUGUCAGUUUUCUUAUGAAAGGUCUUUUCCAUAAUCUCUGUCAGCCAACCUCAAAAGGCUCACAACAAUUUUCUCAGGAUGUCAUGGAAAAGCUCAUGUUAGUGUUGGCCAAUUUGUUUGGAAGAAACUAUUUUCCAGCAAAAUUCCGAGAUGCUAAUUUAAGUUUUUCUCAAUCAGAGGUAAUCCUUGGUGAACUCCCGGAGGAUUUUAAAGCUGCUUUAAAUGAGUAUAACUUGAAAGUGACAAAGGACUUUGCCUCCUUCCUGCUGUUUGCUUCUAAGUUGGCGAAUGUGAAAAAUGAAUCUCAACUUCCUUUGUCAAGAAUCAGUAAAAAAUGCGAAGACUCCCAGCUUGUGUCUCACUUGAUGAGCUGCAAGGAAGGAAGAAUAGCCAUUUCACCAUUUGUUUGUCUCUCCGGAAACACAGAUGAUGAUUUGCUUCGACCAGAGAUGAUCAACCAGGUCAUUCUGCGCACAAUCGGUGUCAAUGGCACUCAGGCUCCCAUGCUGUGGACACAGAAAUUAGAUAACCGAGGAAGAAGAAUGCCACUAAAUGCUUAUGCACUCAAUUUCUACAAACAUGGCUGCUUGACAAGAUUAGGCCAAACCAGUGGGAAGACUAGGGGGAAGCUUUUAAAGCUUUUAAAAGACUUUGCAUUCAACAUUCAGGAUAUCAGUGAUUCCCUGAGUGAACUAUGUGAAGAUGAGCAUGACAAUGUGGUCUUAGCAUUUAAACAAUUGAGUCAAAGCUUCUAUGAAAAACUUCAACAAGUCCAAACUCAAAUGCAUCCACAUCACUUGAGAUAACACCAUGGAAAAUUCUCAAGUUUAAUUAUGUGGUUUUCAUUCCUUUGCUGGAAAGAUAUAUUUGAGCCAAUGCAAUGGAAUGGAAAGAGGAUUCAUCUUGGAGUAAAACAGAAUUGGAUUUAAAUAUUAACUCUGCUGUUUUCUAGCUGCAUGACCUUUGAUACAUAAUAUAUCUGAGCCUUAAUUUUCUUUUUGGCAAAAUGGGAGUAAAAAUGCAUACCUCUGAUUGUUUUGAGGAUUAAAUGAGAUAAUGUAUGUAACGUGAUUGGGAGAGAGUGGUGACUCAAUAAAUGAUAGUUUUGUUUUUUGUAGUUAAAGUUAAUGGAUAGUAGGAUUUUAGUUGCACAUUGUCAAACGUUGGGGGUAUGUCCACAGCCUACUGGAUUUUCUUAAAUUAAUGGUCCACAAACCCCCAAAGACCCAAAUCAAUUCUAAACAAUUUAGUUAUAUAAGAAGAUUUCUGAGAUUACAAGAAAACCACUGCUAUGGACUGAAUGUUUGUGUCCCCCCAAAUGUAUGUGUUGAAAUCUUAACCCCCAAUGUGAUGGUGUUAGGAGGUGGAGUUUUUUGGGAGGUGAUUAGGUCAUGAGGGCAAAACCCUCAUGAGUGGGAUUAGUUCCCUUAUACUUAGAAACAGGAGAGUUUGCUCCCCUCCCUCUGCUAUUUGAGGAUACAGUGAGAAGAUGGCCAUCUGCAAAAAGCCAGGAAGAGUGCCUUCAUAAGAAACAAAUCUGCUGGCACCUUAAUAUUGGGCUUCCCAACCUCCAGAACUGUGUGAAAUAAAUAUUUAUUGUUUAAGCCACACAGUCUUAUGGUAUUCUAUUUUAGCAGUCCAGACUGACUAAAACAAUCUUAGUGUGGUUAUAAAGUACUUUCAUGGUGAAAAUAACAUGCUGAUUCAACUGUUUUUCCAAUAGCAUUGAUAGAUUUUGUCUGAGUCCC